CGAAGCAACCGAAGCUCUGAUCUUGUCUGAAUGAUACUAUAGGAAACAUGCAUAUAACUACGUACGGCUCUAUGCUCUCACGUGGCGGUUCCGUCUGGGCAACUGAUUCAUUGACAAAUUGUGAAACUAAUAUGAAAUCAAGACGAUCUGCGCCAAGAAAUCACCGUCCACGUUUCACUCCCUUUCCAGCACAACGACGAAAGUUCAAUUUCCUGUCCUGUUCUUCACAACUUGCCGUUUUAUACGACCGCUAUCUUGGACUGACCCUCUCAAAUUCAGCAAAUCCGAGCAGUCCUCGGGAGUCUGCCAGGAAAAAUCACUUUGUUCCACUCCCGCAGUGAUGACGACGACCGAUCAGGGACUUUGAUGUGGUGAUUUCCUGGCAGUCUGCUUCCCGAUAGUGUUUGAGGGUCAUCCACGGACCACAACACUCACAUCGCUAUAAAUAUUGCUGCCUCUCGAUGCCGAUCCGCAUUCUGUUUCUCUCCUCUCGUGUGUCGACCACACAGAGCCUUUCUUUUCUCCUUCUCUCGUCGCUUUCCUUUCCUUUCCUUCGUCGCCCUUUUUCACUUUCGCACUUAUGCGUUUCUCGUUGACGAUAUCAGCUGUGCUGCUCUCCGUGCUGUGUGCUCAAGGGACUCCUCUCUCGGCGGAUUUGGAGAGCCGGCACAACGCGGAAGUCGAAGCGCGCGUGGGGCUCAAGUUCCACAUCCUCGUCGGCACACCGCCCGCGCAGCUCACCGGCGCGACGGACGACGACAUGUGUACGCCGGAGCAGGCUGCGGCCAUCGAGCGCUCCAUCGUCGACGCCAAGUCCGCGUCUGCGGUCGCGCGGAAGAUCCUUGGGGUACCGAAGAUGGAGAAGAGCAACGGGUUUUUCUGGAUGUUUGGCGGCGCGGCUGUCGCACCGAGUGAAGUCUCCCGCCACUUCUCGUUCGUGCAGAAACUCGGCACGCCGGACCAUAUCGCGUCGACGGUGCCCUUCGAGAACAGCCCGAACGACCUCAUCUUCACCUGCAUCCCGGCGGGGACGAAGAAGGCCGCUGAGGUGCUCGCGACCACCGUCAACAGUGGCCGCAAGACGAAGAACACGCCCGUGACGCCCGUGCUCAACCUCAUCCGGAUCUCGCCCAUUCACUUCCUGGUCCGUUCGACCCAGGGCCGCUGGCGAGAGAUGCUGACUUGUCAUGCAGAACACGCGGACGAUGGCGCAGGCUGCAGCGGGGAUGAACCCGGGGGCGUUUUCACCGUGAAGAACGGGCUGCAGACCGACCAGGGCGUACAGGUGCCACCGCUCGCGUUCACCAUCAUUCACGAGGUGCAGCACUCGAACGUGCUCAUGGACAAUGCCGAGCAGGACCACCUCGUCGAUCAGAAGAUCGGACCCAAACGCGCGUAUGGCUUCCAGCAGGUGCAGAACCUGGACGCGCAUCUCAAGCAUCUCAACCCGCAGAACUACGCGUUCUUCGCUCUCUUGGCGGAAUCGAACCCCGAGUUCUUCAAGCCCGACUGCUUCAUUAGCGAGCAGCUCCCGAUCCGGGACUUUGCUGCUGAGAAGCGCGCCAAGUCGGUGGUCAAAACGAAGGUGAAGCCUGUCGCGCGGCCGCCUUCCAAGCCUGCGGCCAAACCUGUCCCAAAGCCCGUUGCGAAGCCCGUUGCGAAGCCCGUCGCUAAGCCUGUGGUCAAGCCCGUGGCCAAGCCUGCUGUGAAGCCUGUAGCCAAACCCGUCACGAAGCCCGCUGCCAAACCCUUUACGAAGCCCGCUGCCAAACCUGUUGCGAAACCUGCCGCUAAGCCCAUCGCGAAACCAGCAGCAAAGCCGGUGGUCAAGCCUGCCGCGAAACCUGUCGUUAAGCCCGCUGCGAAACCUGCGGCAAAGCAACCUGCAGCAGCCAAACCCGUCGCAAAGCCUGCGGCCAAGCCUGCUGCCAAGCCCCCAGUCAAGCCAGCCGCAAAGCCCGCUGCGAAACCGACGACGAAACCGGUCCCUGGCAAACCAGUCGCGAAGAAACCUGCCGCCGUGAAACCGACCCCCGCGAAGAAGCCCGCACCGCCCACCCAGUCGAAAGCUGCGACCAAGUCCGCUCCGGCUUCGGCGAAACCGAGCGCGAGCGCGAAAGCGUCUACGGCGUGCUCUGCGACGGCCGCGGUGUGCAAGGCGUGUGCGAAGAUCGUGAAGGGCAUUCCGGGUGAUGUGCAGCUGGCGAACUUUGACGACGGGACUGAGUAGGUGGCUGCAGCACGUUGUUUGUGUGUACAUGAUGGAGUGGAGCAACACAGCUGUGUUGGAGAGGUGGACUGACUUGAGUGAAACUGAGGACUGAACCUGCGACUUGAGGACUGAAGAACGAAAACUUCAGCUUUUCAUCGGUAUCCGCAAAAGACGUGCAGUUUGGGCUUGGGCCAUUCUUUCAAGUAUGAAGGAUUACAUUCUAACGAUAACCGGAAUGGAACCAGACGCAUUCAACGUGAUCUGGAAGCGCACAGUAUGUAAUGCACUAGACAUCCUCCUCACCAACUGCCCGAAACAUGAGCCCUGUCCGAAUACAUGACCGCGACGGACAGACACACCUAUACGACUCGCCGUGGAAGAAGAGGUCCUUACACAGGCACCCAAGACCAUCGAGAAUCUCGAGCUGCGCGUCGGCAACCGCAUUGCGGAGGUCGUACAUGAACGUCUCUGGGCCACAGCCUAUAGCUCAUCUCAGCAGCGGACAGAAGCAGAGGCGAGAGACUGACCGAUCAUGGCGACGGAUGUCGCGCUGUGCUUGGCCUCGUUGACGAUAGCGGACAGGCUGGGCCGGCCAUAUGCGAUCACGCCCCGUGCGAGGCUGCUCGCAUCGUCGGGAUCCUGCUUGAUCUUCUCCGCGCCGGAGCAGGUGAAGAAGAUGCGGACGUAGAUCGCUAUACACUCGGGCGCGUCCUUGAGUGCAGUGUCGAUGAAUGCCUGCAUCCACUCAUAGGCGUCUGCAGCGCGGUCAGUCCGGGUGAACACACAGACACAAACGCACGCGCACCCUCGUCUCGCACGGCAAUCACCAGCUCGACCCGCCGACAGAUCCUCGCGCGCUGCGCAACCAGAUCCGCGAGCACGGGCAGCACAAACGUCGCGCCCGUCCCGCCGGCGCACAGAAACACGGCCUCGUGCGCACGGACGGGGAAUCGCACGCCGCCGUACGGCCCGUCGAACAGCACCCGGGUCGACCAGGGCGCGGCGUCGGCAGCCCGCCGUGCCAGCGCGCGGGUGGUCCCACUGCGCACGGCCAUGAUCAUGACCGCGUCCUUGUCCUUGUCCUGCGGGAGCGAUACGAUCGUGAACGGGUGCGUCGUGAGCGCGUGGAUCCCGAGCGACAGCACGCGCACGAAGGCAUGCUGCCCCGGCGCCCAGCGGAUCUUGUCGCCGACGCCGUGGAUGGUCAGCUUCACGAGUCCUGGGCCGGCGGAUUCUACUGUCGCGGGGAGCCCCAGGCGGGAGACGAGUAGGGUGCGGCCCUCGCGGUAAAACCAGGAGGUGAAGUAGAGUGCGCCGGUGGCGAUGAAGUAGUC